UCUGAAAAUUGAAAAAUAAAUAUUUUUGUUAUGCGUAGUAAAAUACCUGUUAAUCGUGAAGAAUUAAUUUUAAUUACUACUAAAAAUAAAUGAAUGUAUAAAGAAAUUUCGAAUUAUUAUUAAAAUAUUGUGUUAUGAUACAUUAAUAUUGAUUAUUGAUAGCUAUUCAAUUCAAAAUGGAAAUUGGUAUAAAUAAUGUGAUUGGCAACAGGAUGAGAAUGUGGCCUAAUCGUCAAACACUUGGAUUACGCAUAAGAUCAGCUUCAGCGGGUCGAGAUAAACGUUCAGAACUUAGAAAUCGAUCAUGGAUAUUCUUAUUUGAUAAUUUAAGACGCAAUAUUGAUGAAAUAUAUCAGAUAUGUGAAACUGAUGAAAAUGUUUAUGAAUGCAAAGAAGCUAUAAUGGUUUUACAAAAUUAUAUUCAUGACUUUCAUAGUCUUGUUGAGUGGUUUCGAUUAAAAUGGGAGUAUGAACACACUGAUCCCCCUCAAAGACCUAAUUUCCUUGCCUGGGAAAUUAGAGGGGCUUCACCUAGAAAAAUGCUUCAAAAGCGUUCUUGUGUUUCUCCUGGGCUGACACGAAGGAAAUUAGAUCUAUUAUCUGAAUCAUUAAAUGAUAAAAGUAUAAGUGAUAUUAAUGAAAAUGAUAAAAAAAACAAUUUAUCUGAAAAAAUUUUUUCAAAUCAAUAUUGUCAAACUGAUUUUGAAUUUGAUCAAGAUAUCACAAAGAAAGUUUUUCAACCUAUUACAAAACCUAUUGUUAAAUCAUCAGUUGUAGAUAAUGUUAAAAAUAAAAAAAUUCCUGUUUUUGUUCCUAAGCCAGUUAAAGGUGUAAAACAGAUACAAAAUGACAAAGAAAAACAUAAAAUUGAACCAUUAAAGAGGAAUUGUGUAUCAAUAUCUCAUUUAUCCCAAUCUACUUCAGUUAUUAAUAGAAAAACUUUGGAAUCUUCUAGAAAAAGUUCCUCUAAUAUUCAAAUGACUGAAAACAAAUUAAAAAUUGACUCAAAAAAAAUUAUUACCAGUAUCAAUAAUUCUGAUAAAUUAUUAAAAAAUAAUGAUAGAAAUAGCAAUAUUAAUACUACUAAUAGCAUUAUCAAUGAGUUACCAACUAUAAUUAAUAAGAAUAAUUUGAAGAUUGAUUUAAGUAAGUCUAAAAAAAAGUCUGUUGAGUCAUUAAAUGUAAUAAGUAAUGAAAAAAAAAACAAAAUAAUUCGCUCUAAGACGUCUAUUGACAUUAAGCCUCCAAAAAUGUCAAAACGUGGAAUAGUUAAAGGAAAUGAUGGUUGGGAAACAGUCAUACGAUCCCGACGAAGUAACCCAUUAACACAAAGUUCUAGUAGUAUUAAGCUAAAAGCACCAAAUGAUGUCAAAAAAAGAUUUCAAGUACCAUCAUCUGCACACUCUAUGCCUACUCUAGCUUUAGACAUAGCUUCUAGUCCUGAAGAGCUUGAACCUAAAAGUACUUAUCCUGAUAAAAAUGACAGGCCAAUUAUUUCUAAUGCUGUAACUUUUCCUAAAAAAAAGCGUAAAACUGAAAAACCUUUAGAGAAAAAAUUUAAAAAAAUAGAUCAAAUUAGGAAAGAGAUAUUGAAAAAUGAAAUAGAAGAACGUCGAAUGUGCGAUGAAGAAUUAUUACGAAAUAGACAAUUUUUUGAUGAAGAAAUGUUAUUAGCUAGAGAAAUUCGAGAAUUAGAAAAUGCUGAGAGUAGUUGUAGUGAUGAUAUGACUCAAUCUGAUCGUUAUUCUGAUUUAUUAGAUAAUAUGAUUUUGACAGAACGAAUGUACACCAUUAAUGAAAUAAAAGCAUUAAUAGAAUAUGGAAAUGAAAGUGCUAUUUAUUCUAUUGGAAUGCAACCAUGGGAUAUUGGAAAAUCUACUGAAUCUAUUAAACAAACUUAUAGUGCUAGACAAGCAAAAGCACAUCAAAAAAGGCAACAACUCUUACAAGACAAAUCUUCUAAAGUGCGCGAAUUGCUUAAAAAGGUAGGUGAAAGAAAAAUGUUGCAGACCCAACUUAUUGAUGAAAAGCGUGUAAAUAUAGAUAAGAAACUUAAACGUGCUGAAGAAAAUCGUAAACAACAUUUGCAACAGAUUCAAAAAAAAGCUCAUGAUGAAGAAGAAAAACUUCGUGAAAUAGCUUUUAUAAAUGAGUUAGAAGCACAAAAUCGAAGACAUGAUAUAUUAACUUUGUGGCAAGAGCAAGAAGAUCGGUUACAAACUAUUUUAGAAGAACGCAAGCGUAAUCAAGAACGAAAAGCUGCUAAAGAAGCUGCUGUCGAAGAGCGUUUGAAAGCAUUAGAGGUAGAACGUCAAGAGCGUAUUGAACAAAUUUUAGAGAGAAGACGAAUAAAAGAAGAAAGAAUUGGUCGGGAACAACAAGAAAAAGAAAAAGAAAGAUUAGAACUAGCUAGAGAAAAAGCAAAAGAAAGAGAAAAUAAACUAACAGCAUUGUAUGCAGCUCAAGUAGCUAGUACAGAAGAACUUCAGAAAAAAAUCCAACAGAAACAAAAAGAAUCAGCUAAACGUCAUGAACAAAACAUUGAACACAUAAGACAAAGAGCCCUUGAGUUGGGUGUUCAAAAAAAUGAUGUAGAUAUGGACAAAUACUGCUCACCUUGUGAAAUAAUUUUUGAUACAGUAAUUGCAUUACACCAUCAUUUACGUACAAAAACUCAUAGAGAAUGCACUAAAAAGACUAAAAGACGGAUAAAAGUAGAAAAUGUUUCUGCAGACAAAUUUAGCAAAGAUGUAAAUAAAAAGAAAUUGAAGAUAGCUAACUCACUUGACAGUGUAUCUUUAAAUUUAGAUAGUGUUGAUGAAAAACCUGGAAGUAAUUUACAAAUGAAAAAUAACCGUAAAAGAUGUUUGAAAUUAAGACACAAAAUGUUAACUAGAAGAAAUAAGUGUAAGGACAAUAUAAGUAAAUCUGAUGUAUCCAUUGAUAAAACUACCAUAGAAAUUUGUGUUAAUUCCAUUGCUAAACAUUUGAAAGAAUUAACAAAUGAACAGUGGUCAAAAAAUAUUAUAAAAAACUUAGAGACAAAAUUAUUAUUUUUGGAAAAACGAUCUAAUGAAAUCCCAAUAAAAGAUUUUCAAUUAUUAGUUUCACGUAGUAAUGGGCUUAACAGUUUAAAUAAUAUACUUAUAUUAGCACUAAAUGAAGAGAAAUCAGCAAGUUACGAAUUUCUUUCUAAGAUUGUUUUUAAAGCCAUCAAAAUAUAUAAAAAAAUAUUGAAUAUUAAUGAAGUUAAUACAGCUAGUGUAAUGUAUUCGGCAAAUAUUUUUAUUAUACUGGAUUUCCUUCUGGUGAAGUUAAAUAAAGUUAUCCCUGAGAGUGGAAUAGACAAUAAUUUUAAACUAAAAACUUCAACUGAUUGUUUAAUAAGUGGUCAACUUUUAGAUUUGUUAAGUGUUGUUAUGCUAUCAUUUAAACAUGAUGAACUAGAAGAUAAGGAACAAAUUAAUGAUUUUUUGAGCUAUAUAUGCUAUAUUGGUAUUCUUGAAAAAAUGAACUGCUUUUUUACUUUGGUUCGAGAUUGUUACCCAGAAACUAAUGAGAAUGUAUCCGAAUUUGUAAUUUACUGUUUAAAUUUUAUCAGUAGUCUAUCAAAAAUAAAUACUGAUUUAUUUGUAAAAAAAUUUAUUGAAAUUCUGAAAAAUUCAGAAUUGAUGGGUGUAAUGCCAGUUCUAUAUAGUAUUUUACUACGCAAUGAUUGUAGCACUAAUGGUCUUGGUCCAAUAGAACUGUCUUUAACAACUCUUAAAGUAACCAAAGCGUUGUUUAACAUGUUGACUUCAGUAGCUAAAAUGGAUUCUAAUACAUUUCAAGAGGUGCUAAAAGUUGAAAGCUUAUCAGUUCAGUUUAGACAUAUAGCCAGAUAUUUAUUAUGGUUUUGUUCAGAAAAGCCUGAAAAUAGAGAUUUAUUAAAUGAAGUUAUAGUAGCUGUUGGAUACUUUUCCUUGAAUAGUUCUCUUCACCAAUCGAUGUUACAAUCAGGACCAUCACCAACAGUACUUCAAUUGUUAUGUAAUUUACCUUUCCAGUAUUUUAGUAAUCCUACGUUAAUUUCUGUGUUGUUUCCUACAUUGUUGGCAUGUUGUUCAAACAAUGCUCAUAAUAGAGCCCUCGUGGAGACAGAAAUUUGUUUUGAUCUUUUAGAAGAAUUUCAAAAUUCAGCACUAAGUCAAGAUAUACCAAUGAUUCAGUUUAUAAAAUAAAGAAAACCUAUUCUUAUUGUUAAUUACUUAUGUUAUGAUAUAAUACUAUUAGAUUACUAUUAAACAAUUACAAAUUAUUUUACUUAAAUUCCAUCAACAAGUGUAAUUAAUUUACUAGUCUGUUAACCUUGUGAUAAAAACCACUAAUUAUAACUUUAUAUUAGUUAAUUCAUCUAUGCAAUGUAUAAUUAGAUAAAUCUAAAAUAAAAUAAAUAAUAUUAACUUUAGUCAAAAAUUUAAAUCUACAGCAAAGUAAAAAAACAAUUAAUAUUAACAGCCAAGUUGAGCUCUUGGUACUAAAUCAUAUUUUGUUUAUCUACAUAAUGUUGUUUAAAUAUAUUAAGUAACCAGUAGUUAACUUGUAAACUGUAAAUUUAUUUUUUACAAAUUAUUGUAUUAAAUAUUAUAAAAAGUUGUUAUUUUAGACGAAUAAAAAAUUAUUUGGUUGA